AAAUUAGCUGCUAAUGAAAUCCGGGUCGUGAUCGCAACGUAGUGCAAACGGGCCGCAAACGAAUAAAGUUAGCAUAACUGAUUGGCUGGGUCUGGUGCGCGGUGGCUGCGCGGUCAGCCAAAGGCCCGAAUAGCGGAACCUGCGCGUGACCUACAUUUUCCCCAUUUUCGGCACAACCUGCCCGACUACGGAACCCCCCCUCACAGUCUGGUGACGCAGCAUAAACAUUGCGCACCCUUUGCGCCCUAGCACACGCGGUCCGCAGCCAGUUGGACUUUGCACGAUGCUCAGAUGGUUGCCGCCGCGUGUGACAUAAUUGCUAUGCUGCCUCACUCUAUGCUCAUGGCCGCGGCCGGGCUACACCAAUACUGGAACCGGGAUUGAGUGCGUGUGUGCGUGUCUGCUUUUAUGCUCCGUAGUUUCGGAGAUAACUCGAAGGAUGCUCUGGCUGUGUGUGCGUCAGAGUUAUGUUUUGUUCAAACGAUAGUGAAAGGUGGAAAGGUGCGUUUGUUUAUAGUUUCACUGCGCUUUGGUCCGUGCGUUUGAAUAGCGAAUGGUGAAUUCUUCCACCAAAGUUACGUGUGUGGACGGGCGCACGGAAAAGCAAGGUCAUCUGAGAGUGUUAAUUUCCACAUUAGUUUGGCGAUAACGGCCACCUCCUGUGCCUCCUGUGUCCUAGUCCACUGACUGGCUGGCCAUCUCAUCGGUUAUCGCCAGUGGUGGGCCCAUGAAAUGGUAAAGGUUAGCUCGACCCAGGGAUCGUCCCUCCGGAAGGCGGAGAAGGUCGUACACCGAUAGGCACCGGACCGCCCGGCGCAGUUCGUCGCGAAGUGAGCGUUGUCCUGGAGAAAAACAACAGAAAGAAACGAACAUAAAUAAGGCAAGCAUAAACACACCACUCACCUACGUCAGAGUCGCACGAUCAGGCGCGAGAUCAGGCAGCGCACCGAUCACGAACGCACCAUGAAAAGGGCAGCGGAGCGCUGUGGAGAAGCCAACGGUGAGAUUGUACGGUGAACGAGUUCCUUGCGACUGCGGCGUACGCAAGCCUUAUCAUUCGCCCGGCUAGUGUCCGAGGGGCCGGUUUGCACUUUGUGCACGUUAGACCCAUCAUCGUCUUGACCCGUUCCGAUUAUCAGCCGUGGUGCCGCGGGAGAACCCUCGUAAUCGCCAACAUCGCCGGUUGCCAGAGCAACCAAGCGACGCGUCGAGAGAACCAGUGAAAACGAGACGGAAUUCGACGCGUUUUAAUCGCCGAUUGCUAUGUUCUUCCCUCCGUUCCGUUGUGUGUGUGUUUAGGAGUGUGAAAUUUCAUUACUACGGCGGAAAGGGGGUGUCACGAAAGGGCUUCAGAAAACACUGGAAGUGAGCACAAUGGCUGGCCGAAGGAAUGAUUACGAUAUGCUGCAGGUUGUGCCGAAGUGGGAGAUUGCCAAGAUUUACAUCCGCUGUUUGCUGGCCAACUUUGUUUUACUGCUCAAAUGGCUGUACGAGAGCGUCAAGUGCAAGGUGAACCCGACCGCCAUCAUGCGCAAGACCAUCGAGCGGACAGACUUCCCCAACAAGCCGCCAAUCUUCAUGACCGACACCAAUCUGGGCCGGCACUCGUACGUGAAGCUGGAGAACACGAAGCUACACUUUGUCGAGGCGGGCAGCAGGAGCAAUCCAAUUGUGCUCCUCUUGCACGGUUUCCCCGAUUGUUGGUUCGGGUGGCGAUACCAGAUAUCGGAGCUUACCCAUUACUUCCACGUUAUCGCGCUGGAUUUGAAGGGAUUUAAUGAUUCAGACAAACCACACUGGCGGUUCGAGUACACACCGAAGAAGGUCUGUGAAGAUCUGCGCAAGUUUUUGAUUGCAAUCAGCGCCAAGAGUGUCUCCAUUGUCGGGCACGACCUGGGAGCCACGAUCGGCUGGAUUUUUGCGCACACGAAUCCGGAAAUGGUCGACAAAUUUGUAAGCGUUUCUACCCCACACCCCAACCUGCUGUGGGAUAAUCUGCCGAAAAGCUCUCCUUUCAACCGAAAUUGGCUGGAGUUUGUACAACUACCGAUGUUGCCAGAAAUGGAACUCAAGCACUCUGCCGAUCGGGUACUACGCCGCUGCUAUCCGCAUGUGGCCAAAGAGAAAAUGUACCAAACCGGAACGAACGGAACCGUUACAAACAACGUGAUGGAGGCGUACAAAUAUAGCUACAGCCAAACAGACGACUGGCGCGGCCCACUAAACUACUACCGAAACUUCCUAUUUUACCGCGUCCGAGACGGUGAGAUCAUUCAGUGUCCCUGCCUGAUCAUCGCCGGCAACGAUGAUCGAUUCUACAAGCUGGAAUCAGUGGUGAAGAGUUCGGAGUACUGUGAGAACGUGGUGAUUAAAAUCAUCGAACAGUCCGGUCGCGCACCGCACCAGGAAAUGGCGACAGAAUUCAAUAGCAUUGUGCUGAGGUUUCUCAUUGGUAAAAAGUACUCCCAGAAACCCACCGAAAUGCAAUCCACCCCAUCGAGGGGCCUAGUAGGCCGUGUGUUUGGCGGCAUCGGAUCGGUGGCCAACAACACCGUUAAACUGGGGAACAAUCUGCGAGAAACGUACGCUUUCGCCAAUCCGUUGAACAGUGUUCCUAACUUCAUGAUCAAAGGAUGAUGAUUAAAUAAUCCGUUCGAACAGAUUCGAAUAGAGUACCAAACUGCUUAAAUUACUGCUCCUAGGCAAUCGAAGGCAAGCUAACGUCGUCGGUGAUCAGUGUAAAAUUGUGGUUUUAAGUUAUUGACCUUUGCCUGUGUGUAUGUUUUGAUGCGUUAUGUGUGAGUGAAUGCGUGCUUAAGCUUUUAUAAAGUGAAGGAAUAUUUUAUACCGUACAAUAGAAGUUGAAACAAAUUUAACUUUUGUCCAUUCCAGCAACUGUCCUUUAUUGAAAUAAAGCAUUUUGUUUGAUAGGUACUCUGAGUUUUUGAGUUGAAGACUCAAUUUACAUCGUAAAAACGUAAAAUGGAGGUUUUAAAUAGUU